AGCACCCGCUUCCGGCCCCGCGACCAUGAACUAUUUUUCUGAAGAGUACGAGGCUGUGUUCCGGUCUCUGCUCCGGUUGCGCCAGUCUGAGUACUUGGUUGACGAUGGACGUGCCAGCAAGGAGCUCGUGUUCAACCCUGACGCGGUCAUCGCCCACUGCUUCAAGCAGUUCAAGCAGGAGGACUUCCACCUGCCUCAGAGCCGCCGGAGGAUCAUCUUCUUGCCUCGAAAGGAGGCUCUGAUGCCCGUCAAUCCCACCCCCCACCCCCAGGCUCCCCCCGAGCCCACCCCCAGCUCCAAAGCCCUGGAAGUUGGGGACAUCCAAGAACAGCCAGAGGACCCAAGGGCCUGGCUGACCCAGAGGCUGAGGGUUCGGCAGGACCUGGAGUCAUUUGGCAGCAUAGAGAGGUGGCUGCGGAACAAGUCCAGACUCACGCCUUCGGAGGCCAAGGUCCUACACGAGAGCCAGAAGGAGCACGAGGCCCGGCUGAUGGGCCAGCUGGCCACUCCCAGAGACACCGAGAAGAAAAGCCCGCGACCCCUCCACCAGCAGGUGCCCCCGCUACCACUGCCCAAACCCUCUGCCCUGUCGGCCUUGUACUCUUACCUGUGCAGCCACAAGAUCAAGAUCCAGGAGAUAUUUCACAAGGUGGAGCAGGGCAAGAACCAGAGGAUCUCCAGGGAGGAGUUCAUCACGGCUCUGAAGGCGGUUGGAGUCCCUCUGAAAAGCCAGGAGGUGGAGGACAUCGUGAUGUAUCUCAGCUCUCUGGGAAAGCACAACAGCAUCACCGUGGAUAACCUGGCCAGCACCUGCGAGCAGUGGUCUUCGGCUCAGCAGAAAAGCACCCUGGCAACUGCAACAGAGUACUAUAGAUCUGCCAAGGACAGUGGUUCCCCACAGAGUCCAUCCAAGAAGCAGCAGGAGAAUUUAGCCCCAGAGCCUCUCAAGAUGGACCUGCUGACCGUGCCCGUGGUCGACACCGACAUGGAGGCCCAGCCUAUGACCCUGGAGGAGAUGGACGAUGUGGGCAAGCGGUACCGCGAGAAGAAGCGGCAGAGCAAGCUCACCAUCCCCUCCAUCCAGUACACGGAGCACAGCGGGAACAAGCACUUUGAUGAGCACUGCCUCCCGUCCACCAUCCACGGGGAGAUGGAGGCGCUGAUCAACAGGUCGCGCACCAGCACCUUUCUGGUCUACCUGCAGUGCUGGAAGCUCUGCAAAUCCUACAGCCUCCCGCUGACCGAGGACGUCCUCAUGAGAGCCCUGCUGUACCCGGGGGACAAGAUCAUUUUCCAGAAGGACCAGGUGCGUCCAAUCCGGCAACCGGGAGGCUACUACUCGGACCUGAAGAUCUUCAGUCCGAACCAGGCCCUGCUCCGAUCCCAGGGCGUUUCCAAACCUGUGGCUCAGAAGCCUGACAAGAACAUGCUGAAGAAAGUCAAGAAAGUCAGCUUUAAGAAGUUUGAGGAAUUCACCAGGAAGCUGAAGGCGAAGAGGCCCAGUGGUCCGCAGCUAACCCAUCCCAAUUUCUUCUGGCCGGGUCACCUCCUGGACAAGCUGAAGCUCUACCUGCCCACUGUGACCGUGGACCGGAGCCUGGCGCUCUUCAGUUGUGUCCAACACCGGUCCCAGGCCUACUCAGCCACCUACCAUCCCGACCACUGGUGGCCCAUUAAAGACAUGAACUACAUGACCUAUGCCUAUUACGAUGCCCCCAAGAUCUACCACAUCAACUGGACUGGCCCAAGUGUCACCAAACCUAGCCAUCCUGGGCCGGGGGCCAGUAUAGCUAGCAGCCCAGAGCCGUAGACACAGGGACGGUAUCAAAGAACCAAACAGAAGUCGUUUCAGUGGGAAGGCCCGGGCCAGCUCUCUCCAAACUCAAAGUGUGCAGUGUGUCAGAGAGUGGAUGUGUCCAGGGAGAGAUGUGGGUUUUGAGCAUUUCCCUCUCCUGACCUCUGUCCUUUUGAAAUAAACCACGUUGGAGUUUUUCUCAUGUCA